AUAAAAUAGGGCAAAUAUUAUUCAACUACAAAAAUAUCGCUAUGAUGAUUGACAUAUCGAUAUUUUGAUAUAUGUUCAACAUCAUACACGAAAUUGAGUUCCAUAAAAACAUUAAAAUUUAGCAAAUAAUGCAGCGAGGCAUCGACAGUUUCUUCAAGCGCAUUCCAAGCAAAGCCAAAGAAGUCAAGGAUGACAAUGGGAACGAGGAGACGCCGUCAAAGGCGCCAAAACGCAGAAAGGCUUUGAUAAUCUCCAGUGAUGAGGAUGAACCACAGUCAGUCUUCCACAAUCCCCACGACACUAAAAGGCGAAAGACCUCCAAGGCUUUGUCCAGCGAAGAUGAAAAGAUUGAAGCCACCCCAGAGCCGGAUGCGAAAAAGAAGAAAUCAAGCCACUCAAAUGGCAAGAAACCUUCGCUCACAAAACUAAAGAAGUCCGUGGAUCCCACAGAGCUUUUCGGUGGCGAAACCAAGCGCGUGAUUGUGCCCAAGCCGAAGACCAAGGCAGUUCUGGAAUUCGAGAACGAAGACAUAGACAAGAGUCUCAUGGAAGUGGAUAUGGAGGAGAGUUUACGAGCGGAGGAAGAACGUCAUCCGGCCAAAAAGGAAUCUGCUCGGCCACCAAAGUCGCCUACUCCCAAAAAAGCCAAGAAGUCCAGCCCAGAUGCUCCGGCCGUCAAGGAGUCCAAAUCCAAGUCCUCCACUCCACGAGCGAAGAAGGAAAAACCACAUGCAGAUUUAGAGACAAGCGUCCUCACAGAUGAGGAGCGCCACGAGCGGAAACGCAUGACCGCCGUGCUUUACCAGAAGUACAAGAACCGCAGCAGUUGCUUGAAUCCAGGCAGCAAGGAAAUCCCUAAGGGAACGCCCAAUUGCCUGAGCGGAAUUACGUUUUUAGUCACCGGAGUUUUAGAGUCUAUGGAGCGCGAGGAAGCAGAGUCGGUUAUCAAGGAGUAUGGUGGUCGAGUAAUGACUGUCGUGGGCAAGAAGCUGCAGUAUCUGGUUGUGGGCGAAGAGGCAGGUCCCAAAAAACUGGCUGUAGCCGAAGAGCUUAACAUCCCCAUUCUUAGUGAGGAUGGUCUGUUCGAUCUUAUAAGGGAGAAGUCAGGACUAUCCCAUCCUGUGAAAGAGGAGAAAAAGACUCCCAAAAAGGAGCAGAGCUCCAGGGACGUAAAGAGGGAAAAUGGAAACUCUAGUUUAAAGGAAGAGAAGCCAUCUACUAAAUCCAAAGUAAAGGAGGAAAAGGAGACCGCGAAGCAUAAAAUUAAAGAGGAACAUGUUUCACCAAAGGCGAAGAAGACGAAGCAUGAGGAGCCCGUUCCGGCCGUAACCUUGAAGGUGAAAAAGGAGCCUAGCUCCCAAGAGCAAAAAGUUUCUGUAAACGUAGCCGCAGACCCUGCUCCACAGGACCUGCUCGGCAUGGCCUGGGUGGACAAGCAUAAGCCUACGAAUAUCAAGGAGAUUGUGGGACAGGCGGGGGCCGCCAGCAACGUCACUAAACUGAUGAACUGGCUUUCCAAGUGGUAUGUGAACCACGAUGGGAAAAAGAAGCCUCAGCGACCAAAUCCCUAUGCUAAAAACGAUGAUGGCAGCUACUUCAAAGCAGCAUUACUCUCCGGACCACCUGGAAUCGGUAAGACCACAACUGCUACUUUGGUAGCCAAAGAGCUCGGUUUCGACGCUGUGGAGUUUAAUGCGUCGGAUACGCGAAGCAAACGCUUACUGAAGGAAGAGGUUUCUACCCUACUGGGCAACAAAUCCCUGGCUGGUUACUUUAAUGGCCAGGGCCAGGCAGUGUCACGAAAGCACGUGCUGCUAAUGGACGAGGUCGACGGAAUGGCUGGAAAUGAAGAUCGUGGCGGCAUGCAAGAGCUGAUUGCUCUGAUCAAGGAUAGCUCCAUUCCCAUCAUCUGUAUGUGUAACGAUCGCAACCAUCCGAAGAUACGUUCUCUGGUCAACUAUUGCUACGACUUGCGAUUCCAACGACCUCGCCUCGAGCAGAUCAAGGGCAAGAUAAUGAGUAUUUGCUUCAAAGAGAAGGUCAAGAUUUCGCCGGCAAAGGUAGAGGAAAUCAUUGCAGCCACCAACAACGACAUCCGGCAAUCGAUCAAUCACAUCUCCCUGCUCAGCGCCAAGGAGGACUCUGUGGGUAAGGCAGGACAACAAGUGGCCACCAAGGAUCUCAAGCUAGGACCUUGGGAGGUCGUACGCAAAGUGUUUACGGCCGAGGAACACAAGCACAUGUCUCUAGCCGACAAGUCUGAUUUGUUCUUCCACGACUACAGUCUGGCUCCUCUAUUCGUUCAGCAAAACUACCUCCAGGUCACUCCCCAAGGAAAUAAGAAGGAUGUGCUCGCCAAAGUGGCUGCCACGGCAGAUGCCCUUAGUCUUGGCGACCUGAUUGACAAGAAAAUCCGCUCGAAUAACGCCUGGAGUCUACUGCCAACACAGGCCUUUUUUAGCUCUGUGCUGCCUGGUGAGCACAUGUGCGGCUACUUCACCGGACAAAUCAACUUCCCCGGCUGGCUGGGAAAAAACUCGAGGGCCGGAAAGCGUGCUAGACUGGCACAGGAGUUGCAUGAUCACACGAGGUCCUGCACCUCAGGCUCCAGACUCUCUGUUCGAUUGGACUACGCUCCCUUCCUGCUGGACAAUAUUGUGCGUCCACUUGCAAAGGAGGGCAACGAAGGCGUGUCCUCUGCCCUCGACGUUAUGAAAGAUUACCAUCUGCUGCGCGAGGACCUGGACUCUCUGAUCGAGCUUACAACCUGGCCAGGCAAGAAGUCGCUGUUCGAUUCAGUGGAUGGGCGUGUGAAGGCUGCUCUGACGCGCUUAUACAACAAGGAGGUGAUGGCCUACUCCUACUCGGCUCAGGCCGGCAUAAAGAAGAAAAAGGCGGAGGCUGCUGGCGGAGAUGAGGAUUACCCCGGUCUCGAAGAGGGCGAGGAAGAGGGUGGUGGUGGUGGAGCCGUUUCCGAGGACGACGAAGACAAGGACAACCUGGAGCUAGAUGGCUUGAUAAAGGCCAAAAAGAAGCCAGCUGCCAGCACAUCCAAGGCGGCAGGUGGUUCAAAAAAAGCUGCUUCAUCGACAGCAGCAAAGCCCAAAGCAAAGGCUAAAAAAUAGUUCUUAAAAAUGAAUUUUUUUCUAUUUUUUUAUAGCACGUCCCACAUGAAUUGUUUAUUAAGUGGAAAUUAAGAAUGAAAUGAAAAUUAUUCCGAAAGUUUCUGGCAUUUAGUUAUUAUUGUUAAAAUUUCUAUUGUAUAUCAAUACAUUUUUUUGAAAUUAAAAACACAUUUGUUUAAAAACAUAAAUGGCAUUCCUAAAAAUUAUUUAAAUUACCGCCCGGUUCGUGAAUUUCUUGCCGGUUCGCAAAAGAGUGGCCACCUUGUUAAUUUUCAGUGUGACCAGUUAGGGAAAACUUCAAUAUCUUGGCGAUACAGUAUCUCCACAUCUAUUCGGAUAGUCCAUGGCUCCAAGAACCCCAAAGGAAAAUUCAAAAUAAAAAAAAAUUCCCCACUGUUCGGACGUGCGUGAUUGUCGGUGCGGACGCGGACAAACUUGAGCAGUGGAAAAUGCAGUGAAAUCGUCUUGCUCGGCGCGUUUUUCCGUGGAAAACUGUGGAAAUGAUGUGCGAGAGGUCCGCCAGCACCGAUUGAGAACAAAAGACCGCACCAUAAUCGGGUUUCAAGUGCUUAUAUUGCCAAUUACAUCGGCAGUUGUGAAAUUUUUCGCACCACACCAGAUCCGGAGUUGGGCGUUCUGAGUGUAUCUGUGUGUGCGCAAGACGAUACCAAAACCAGAGGAACUACAACGAUGAGGAAACCAAGUGGCACACAUGCGUGUUGUAAGUGUUAUCGUGGACAGCCAGUUUCACAAGCGAGCCAAUAAAAUAUGCCAGAAAUCUCCAAUAUCCAGCUCUAGAAACUUAGAACGAGGCGAAUGUGAAACACAUGUGCGGUGAAGCAGCUUCCCAUUUCUUUUCGUUAUUGUUCUUCUCCGGCAACGAAUUGAAAUUGAAUUAAGCCCCGAGCCGGCAGUAGAGGAAAAUAAACAGAGACAGCUGGAAAAUUCAAUUAACGAGACAAAAA